AUGCCCCGCUCCAUAUAACAAACCAUAAGGGAAAAUGGCUCAGCAGCUACACGCACGUUUUGCAGUCCAUAAAACACAGAUCUUAGCCGAAAUUUCAUCUCCAGGACCAGACGCAUCGCCCAAAGGAUCUAUCGACAUUCAUAUACUUCCCCUGAUCAAUCGGUUAAACGAGCACCAUAAGAUCAUUACUACGAGUAGCUGCAGUGGGAGGAUGAGCGUUUUCCUAGAGGGAUCAAAAAAACUAGCUGGGACGGAUUCUGAGGCAAUCGGGGAAGGCCCUGAACCAGACGAGAAAGCUGAAUUUCCCUCCGGCAGCGCAGGCAUGGGUGGAAAAGGUGGGGGAAAGUGGCUGUUUGUUUCCCACGACCCUGUGGACUGCAUUGAUAUGACUCCAAGAGAAGUGAGCCAUAUGCUUCUUGGGGGGCAUACUCUCGGGUUACACUCUGCGAACAAUCAAGUUCUUACAGAGUCAGUGCUUUCUGAGGCGGGAACUAGUGUCUCAAGUUCCACUCGGCUAGUCCACAUGAAGUUCGAACCUAUGGUAUGGCACACUCUCGAAUUCCCUUUAACCAACUUUGUGUUAACCUACAAGAUAAGAUACUCCAUGUACAGACGCUCGAUCUUCAGACAGCUCAUGUUAUUCUCGUCGCAGCCUUAACGGCUGGUUUUCGUGAAUCCGGAAUCAUGAAUCUAGGGCUCAGUGAGCACUCGUUUCCCACGAUUGCCAUACGCUGCAAUGGACUUGUAAUGGACUCGAUAAUCGGGGUUAUGAACGCAUCCCACCCCGGUAUCAAGAUGGUAGUUGAUGAAGACUAUUUAAAGACAAUGAUGCUUGUUUCAUCGUUGAGGUUUGAAGAUAAUAAGAGGAGGGUUGAUGCAUUCAGCCGCAAAAUCGAGCGGGUGAUUUUUAAUCAAGGACAAGCUCCGCCGAAGGAGAGCAAGGAGGAGCGGAAGAUGCGAAAACGAGAGGAGGGGCUUAGGAGACAGAGGAUUUUAAGAGCCGCUCAGACACAGGGUGGAAGUCAGCUCUAGAUACUUGGCGCGAAGUCGUGCAGUAAUAGGGACAUGUCCAAUCUUAGUGCAGAAGAAUGGAAGCCAAGAGGGGUCUAGUUUGAUUUCAUCAAGGCCCCACCUUGACGCCGUUUCGCGCUCGCGCGCUCCAUUCUUAAUCCUGCACUGUGGAAUACGAGUGGACGAUCGCAAUUUAAGAAUCUCAAUACCGGUAUUGUGACCGUAGCUAUCUCCUCUAUGCCGGCUACGAAGCAUAAUGAAAUGAGACUUGACACAUGCUCUCCUCGUCCGUGCAUCAGAAUUAAGAUCCCUGCUAAGGUACGGAGUCCAUAAAAUAAUUUGUCGUGUCCUCAGACUGAUCUCAGCACGAGUGAAUGUCAAUGCGCAUCCAAGCGUGGGCAAGCGAUCGAAUGAGCUUCGAGGUGAAAAGCCGUACCUAAUGCCGAGGUAAGUUCUCGGAACGCCAAAACUUUCCCCUCCUUGUUAGAAAGAAUCACAUCGGUACGGUACUUGCGAAUUUCU